AUGAAGGCUUUGUUUCGAUUCAAGUCUAUCUUAUUUGAUCCAACCCGAAGAAACCCACUCGUCUCUUUCUCAGCUUUCUCAAAGUCUUCGAAAUCCAAAACCCGUGAAACGCCAUCGAAGGCUCAAACAGAAGCUACAUCUAUCACCUCACUUUUCAACGAGAUUACUCAAAUUUUAGGAUCGGAUGUCGUCGAAUCAGACGAGUCUACACAGCUGAGAUUUCCGGUGUCGGGAGAAACCCACGCGACAGGAGCAGUCAGUGGUGAUCGAGCAUUAGUUUCUUGCACGCAAAGUGUUCGUGAAAAUGCUGCAAUGGGGUUUUCAGGUGAGAAUGAGAAGGCUAAAGAAGGUGUUGUUCUUGAAGAAUUCGAUGUCAGCCCUUUGGUUCGUGAGAUUACGAGCGUCGUCAGGGCAGAUGACGAUAUUUUGGUUUCCAUGGAGGAGAAGUUAGAGAAGCUGAGUUUUCGGUUUGAACCAGAUACCGUGGAAAAGGUACUCAAGAGGUGCUUUAAGGUUCCUCAUUUGGCUCUGAGGUUCUUUAAUUGGGUGAAAGACAAGGAUGGUUAUUCACAUACAGUCGGAGUUUACAACACCAUGCUAACCAUAGCUGGGGAAGCCAGGGAUCUCCAUAUGGUAGACGAGCUGGUGAAAGAAAUGGAGAGAAACUCCUGUGAUAAGGAUAUUAGGACAUGGACUAUUCUCAUCUCUGUGUACGGGAAAGCGAAAAAGAUCGGAAAAGGGCUGCUCGUCUUUGAGAAGAUGAGGAAAAGUGGCUUCGAACCCGAUGCCUCGGCUUACAAUAUCAUGAUUAGGUCUCUAUGCAUCGCCGGUAGAGGUGAUCUUGCGCUUGAGUUCUACAAGGAGAUGAUCGAGAAGGGUAUCACUUUUGGAUUGAGAACGUACAAGAUGUUACUGGAUUGUACAGCGAAAUCGGAGAAAGUUGAUGUAGUUCAGUCCAUUGCAGAUGACAUGGUUAGGAUAUGUGAGGUUUCAGAACAUGAUGCUUUCGGUUAUUUGCUCAAGAGUUUUUGUAUCUCUGGCAAGAUAAGAGAAGCCUUGGAACUGAUCCGCGAGUUGAAAAACAAGGAAGUGUGCCUCGACGCCAAGUAUUUUGAGAUUUUGGUGAAAGGACUUUGCAGAGCCAAUAGAAUCGUAGAUGCCCUGGAGAUUGUCGAUAUCAUGAAGAAUAGAAAGAUGCUGGAUGAUUCAAAUGUCUACGGAAUCAUUAUCAGCGGGUAUCUCAGGCAAAACGAUGUUACUAAAGCACUUGAACAGCUCGAGGUUAUGAAAAAUUCAGGGCAUUCACCUAGAGUUUCUACAUAUACCGAGAUCAUGCAACACCUCUUCAAGAUAAAAGAGUUUCAAAAGGGUUGCAACAUAUUCAGAGAGAUGAUAGAGAACGGAAUCGAGCCUGACGGUGUCGCUAUCACAGCCGUGGUUGCUGGUCACUUGGGCCAAAACCAAUUAGCAGAGGCAUGGAAGGUGUUUAGCAGCAUGGAGGAAAAGGGCAUCAGACCGACAUGGAAAUCUUAUUCGAUCUUCGUGAAGGAGCUCUGCAAAUCAGCAAAGUAUGAUGAAAUCAUAAAGCUACUUAGUCAGAUGCACGCUUCCAAGAUAGCUAUCAGGGAUGAUAUGUUUUCUUGGGUUAUCUCUUGUAUGGAGAAAAAUGGCGAAAUGGAGAAGGUUGAACAUAUCAAAGAGAUCCAGAAAAAGUGCAAAUCCUACCGUUUAGAACUAAACGAAUCUUGCAAACCAGAGUUAAGACGAGAGGAGGAGCUUGUUGAUCGUCCACAAGCAGUGCAGCAGUCAGCUCUUCCACCAGCUCCAUCUGUUGUUGAUAAAAUGGCUGUGCAAGAAAUUUGUCGCGUGUUAUCAUCCUCUCGAGAUUGGGAGAGAACCCAAGAAGCUCUAGAGAAAUCGACAGUCGAGUUCACACCAGAACUCGUAGUUGAGGUUCUUCGUAAUGGCAAGAUACAGGGCAACGCUGUUUUGCGUUUCUUCUCAUGGGUGGGAAAGAGAAAUAAUGGCUAUAAGCACAGUACGGAGGCGUACAACAUGAGCAUCAAAGUCGCGGGAUGUGGGAAAGAUUUCAAGCAGAUGAGAAAUCUGUUUUACGAGAUGAGAAGACAAGGUUGCUUUAUAACACAAGAUACAUGGGCAAUCAUGAUAAUGCAGUAUGGUAGAACCGGUCUAACGAACAUUGCUCUUAAAACGUUUAAGGAAAUGAAAGAUAUGGGUCUGAUGCCGAGCUCUUCGACCUUCAAGUGUUUAAUCACAGUUCUUUGCGAGAAGAAAGGCAGGAACGUCGAAGAAGCCACCAGAACAUUCCGUGAGAUGAUUCGUUCGGGGUUUGUCCCAGAUAGAGAAUUAGUCCAAGACUACUUGGGAUGCUUAUGCGAAGUCGGUGACACAAAGGAGGCGAAACAUUGUUUGGAUUCUCUUGGCAAGAUAGGUUUCCCGGUCCCUGUGGCUUACUCCAUUUACAUAAGAGCUCUUUGUCGAAUCGGGAAACUAGAGGAAGCUAUGUCAGAAUUAGCCAGUUUUAAAGGAGAGAGAUGUUUACUCGACCAGUAUACUUAUGGAAGCAUUGUUCAUGGUUUAUUACACAAGGGACAGCUGCAAGAAGCAUUGGAUAAAGUGAACUCCAUGAAGGAAAUGGGAACAAAACCAGGCGUCCAUGUCUACACGUCUCUGAUUGUUCACUUCUUCAAGGAGAAACAGAUGGAGAAAGUUGUAGAGACAUUUCAGAAAAUGGAUGAAGAAAGCUGCGAACCUUCUGUUGUAACAUAUACGGCAAUGAUAUGCGGGUACAUGAGCUUGGGAAAAGCGGAAGAGGCUUGGAAAGUGUUCCGCGAUAUGAAAGAGAAGGGAACCUCACCAGAUUUCAAGACAUACAGUAAGUUCAUAAACUGUUUGUGCCAAGCAGGCAACUCUGAAGAUGCCCUGAAUCUUCUAUCUGAGAUGCUGGAGAAAGGUAUUGCUCCAAGCACUGUCAAUUUCCGAACAGUUAUCUACGGGUUAAACAGAGAGGGAAAGCAAGAUCUUGCUCGGAUUGUUUUGCAGAAGAAGUCAGCUUUAACAGCACAGCGGAAGGUAUCUCCAUGA